AUGUUAGAUCGAAACCAAAGAUUUGAAAAACUGGACAUCGAUCGGAACCAAAGAUAUGGAACUAUAUGUUUAUCGAUAUUCUUAAUCUAUGGUUUUUGUCUGUAUUUACUUUUUUUUAGUUUUUGUUUUUACCUCUGUGUUUUACCUGUUUUUACAAAUAAACGAGGAAAACGGAAAGGGAAAGAGAAAAAAAAUAAUGACUGGAUUAACUUGUGCUGUUGGCACCUGCAAAAGGAUCCUAAAAUACGUAAACAAUGGGUCGAAAAGUGUUACCGAAAAGAUACAUUUUCAGUGAAGUACAAACGUAUUUGUAGCAAACAUUUUAAGCUGGAAGAUUUUGAGGACUUGAUAAAAGCUAAACUUUUGAAUUUCCGACCAGUGAGAUUAAAAAAAGAUGCAAUUCCUUCACUGCUACUUGGGCAAUUUAAUAAUGAUGAAGAAAAGACUUCAGCUCGAUCAGAAAGAGCUUUAAUAAAGGAAAGAAAAGCUUUGGUUAAGAGUAUUUUAGAAAACUCGACUAAACCUAAGGCACAAGCAGAGACUAAUCCAGAGUGUCUAAUCUUAGAAAGAAAAGCUUUGGUUAAGAGUAUUUUAGAAAACUCGACUAAACCUAAGGCACAAGCAGAGACUAAUCCAGAGUGUCUAAUCUUAGAAAGAAAAGCUUGGGUUAGGAGUCAUUUAGAAAACUUGGCUAAAUCUACCAACCAAACAGUAGGGAACAAGAAAACAGGCUGUCUAAUCUCAGAAAGAAAAGCUUUGGUUAAGAGUAUUUUAGAAAACUCUACUAAACCUAAGGCACAAGCAGAGACUAAUCCAGAGUGUCUAAUCUUAGAAAGAAAAGCUUGGGUUAGGAGUCAUUUAGAAAACUUGGCUAAAUUCACCAACCAAACAGUAGAGAAUAAGAAAACAGGCUGUCCAAUCAUAGAAAGAAAUGCUUUGGUUAGGAGUCAUUUAGAAAACUCAGUUAAAUUUUCCGAACAAGCAGUAGAGAAUAGUAGUCCGGAGUGUCCUGUCUCAAUAAAAUCUGAAAUUGACUAUGCAGAGAAUGAAACUUCUGAAGAAUUUACAGUCCCUCCAGAACCCGAGAGAUUAGUAGGGGAUAAUAAACCAUUUAUUGAGUAUCCAAUAACGAUAAAGCCCGAGAUUAUUUUGGAAACCUCAGAAAGCACCGAUCUGAUGGUACAGGCUUUGCAAGAAGAAAAUCAGCUCCUAAAAUGUCAAGUUACGGACCUUCAAAGAAAGUGCGCCGAUUUAGAAAGUAGAGUUGCACAUACUGAAAAGCAGUUAGAAGAAGUUAAUAGUUCUUUUAAUGAAAGAGCUAAACAAUUGUAUAAAGAAGUUCUUUUAGCAAAUGAAAUAGAUAUGAUUGUUGUUAGUUGAGUGGUGAUCUGCCUAUAAUUUUGUAUGUGGAUUGUGAAACAUCUUUGUGAUAUAUUUUUAUGACUUAGUAGUGGACAGAAUGGACUGCCAUUCCCUUAACAUGUGGCAUAUUAGUGUGGAGGCUAGAGGAAAGCAGAAAUAUCCCUUAUAGGGCUUUAUUUGAAAAAUUGAUCGCUAAAAGGGAAGAAUAAUAAUUUACUAAAUGGCUCUAACAAGCGAUAAGGGAUUGAACUGAAAUUAGCGGUUAUAAAUAAAGUUAGCCAAAAAGAGAGGCAACGCUCCUUCAGAAAUCGCAUAUUAUUUAUCUAUCUAUUUUUAAUUAUUUCCUGUUUUAAAAAUUGUUGGUGCUUCUUUCAAAUGUAGAACUUUUGCUACAGCGGCGCCAUCUUAAGUGUUCCCUGUUUGAUGACCGCUUUUCAAUAUACAAAGAUAAUUCUCCUUAGCUCUACCCUCCAUACAUAUUAGACAGGGUGCCUCACUUUGAAAUACUUACUGAGUUACCCAAACAAUAUUACAACUGUCACAUGGUAUAAAGAAAACAAGGUAUGAUCGAUAGCGGCUCCAAUUUCGUUAAGUUUGCGCUUACCACCUGUGACGUCAUACGCCAUACAAAAAAAUAUCCAUAUUGUUCAAUUGCCACUA